GAAUAAUUCCCGGCCCCGCUACCCGGGAGACGGGUGGCGGGGCGGGUACCUGGCUGGGUGGGGCCAAGGGGCGGUACACACCCUGGGGGAAGCCAAUGAGAAAAUCAGGCCCGGCCCGAGGGGGCGGUGCCGUCGGUCACAUGCGCACCUGGGGCGGGCGGCGGCGGAGGCGCGGGCACCGAGAGCCGGCGGCUGGGAGCGGGGCCGGGCUGGGGCGGGGUUAGGCAGGUGAGUGACAGGCUCCGGGGGGCCGGCCCCAGCUGGGAGCCCCGAGCGAGCAGGGAGUAGCUGCGGCGGUGCCCGCCCCCUCUCUCCGCCCCUCCAGCGGAGCUGGUCUCCGGCCGGGCACCGUCGCGGGCCCCCCUGGCCCGGCCACCUGGGACUGUGCUGGGGAAUCGGCCACCUCCCUCUCUCCCCUCGCCCGCAAAGUUUGUGGCAAAGCCGGCGCCCGGGCACAGCGCGCCCCUUGGGGGAGAUCGAGGAGCGCCCGAUGCCGGGAGGCAGGAGCCGUUGACCCGGGACGUCGCGGUCCGGGGCAGGAGCGCGAAGCAGCCGACAAGCCCGCCGCCUCCGGUGCAUGGGGCCCGGCUAAAGAGCCAGCAUGGGCAACUGCGUGGGGAGACAGCGCCGGGAGAGGCCGGCCGCCCCGGGACACCCCCGCAAGCGAGCAGGACGCAACGAGCCCCUGAAGAAGGAGCGGCUGAAGUGGAAGAGUGACUACCCCAUGACUGACGGGCAGCUGCGGAGCAAACGGGACGAGUUCUGGGACACAGCACCCGCCUUCGAGGGCCGCAAGGAGAUCUGGGACGCCCUCAAGGCCGCCGCCUAUGCAGCUGAGGCCAACGACCAUGAGCUGGCGCAGGCCAUCCUGGACGGAGCCAGCAUCACCCUGCCUCAUGGCACCCUCUGUGAAUGCUAUGAUGAGCUGGGCAAUCGCUACCAGCUGCCCAUCUACUGCCUGUCGCCGCCCGUGAACCUGCUGCUGGAGCACACCGAGGAGGAGAGCCUGGAGCCGCCUGAGCCCACGCCCGGUGUGCGCCGUGAGUUCCCCCUGAAGGUGCGCCUCUCCACGGGCAAGGACGUGAGGCUCAGCGCCAGCCUGCCCGACACGGUGGGGCAGCUGAAGAGGCAACUGCACACCCAGGAGGGCAUCGAGCCAUCCUGGCAGCGGUGGUUCUUCUCCGGGAAGCUGCUCACAGACCGCACACGACUCCAGGAAACCAAGAUCCAGAAAGAUUUUGUCAUCCAGGUCAUCAUCAACCAGCCCCCGCCGCCCCAGGACUGAGGAGCCCGCGGACCCCUGGGAAGGGAAGCCACGGAGGCCUCUGCGGGGCUAAGAGGUCUCCCGGCUGAGCACUAGGUCUCCCCACUCUGCUGCUGCCUCUGAGUGCUGUUACUUUCUUCAGGGGCGCCUCCUGCUGUGUGGCUGCUGGGCAAGCCAUGAAGGGACCCGCACCCAGGAAGACUGCUUCCACACACAGGCUUUGCCAACCUUGUCAGAGAAAAGGCAAAUGGGGGCAUUCCACCCUGCCUCUCUCCCGCAGCAGGUUCGAGCCACAGAGGGCCAGCCCGGAGGCCCCUGGAGCCCAGAUCUGUCAUCUGGUGCCGCCGGCUGUGCUCACUCCGGUUUUCUGCUCAGGGUCUGAAGCAGCUGCUGUCCCCUUCCCUGCCCCCACUCCCUGACUCUGCCCUGGGCCCAGUGCCAGUCCCCUGGAGGGGAGGGGAUGGCUCAUGAGCCCCAGGGGCAGGGAGCCCGAGGCCGGCCUCUGCCUCUCCCUGCCCCCCAGCACAAUUGGCAGAGAUGGAGCGGGCGGGUGGGUGGACGGCUGUGCUGUUGUGGCAGGGGUCUGCACAGGGCCAUCUCCCGGCUGUAACCCAAGCGGUGGGGGGUCUGCAGCCUGGUCAUGGCCCACCACAGGUCCCUGUGUACAGACAUAUCUGCAUAUUUAUCAAUAAAGCCUUUUGCUCCUUC